GCGCCGGCGGCCCCGGCGGCGGCGGCGGCGGCGGCGGCGGGGGGAGGCGGUCGCCGGGCGCCGCCCGCCCCGCAUCCCGCAUCCCGCCGGCCCCGCAUCCCGCCGCCGGCCCCAAAUGGAUUAUCUGCGGCUGGUGCUCUCCUGCCUCGUCCCCCUGCACGGCUGCCUGGCCGCCGGCGGCGCCCCAGAGCUCCUGCUGUCCGGCAAGCUCAGCGAGUAUGGAGUGAUCGUCCCCUUCAGCACCGACUGCCGCGGCCGCUUCCUGUCGCACGUGGUGUCCGGCGAGGCGGCGGCGGGGCUCGGCCAGCCCGCCUGUCCCCCGUCCCCAUCCCCGUCCCCAUCCCCGUCCCCAUCCCCGUCCCCAUCCCUGUCCCCGUCCCCAUCCCCAUCCCCGUCCCCAUCCCCAUCCCCGUCCCGCCGCCGCGUCCCCCGCAGCCCCCCGGAGGAGCCCCCGCAGCGCCGCUGGCUCUAUUUCAACGUCACGGUUUUUGGGAAGGAGCUGCACCUCCGGCUGAGCCCCAACCGGCGGCUGGUGCCCCCGGGGGCCGUGGCGGAGUGGCAGGAGGAUUUCGAGGUGCUGUUCCGCGAGCCCCUGCAGCGGCGGUGCCUCUUCAGCGGUGACAUCUCCGGGAUGCCUGGAGCUGCCGUGGCCAUCAGCAACUGCGAUGGGCUGGCUGGCCUGAUUCGGACAGACAGCAACGAGUUUUUCAUCGAGCCCCUGGAGCGGGGCCAGCAGGACGCAGAGGAGCACGGGAGGGCACACGUGGUCUAUCGGCGCUCGGCCAUCCGGCAGGAUGGCGCCGAGCCGCGCCACGACCUCCAUCCCGAAGCGCCCGGCCUGCAGGUGGGUGAGCUCCCGAAUUCCCUGGAGCUGAUGGCGGCACGGCUGGGGGACGCGGAGCGCAAGCGGCGCCACGCCAGGAAGGAUGACUACAACAUCGAGGUGCUGCUGGCCGUGGAUGACUCCGUGGUGCGCUUCCACGGCAAGGAGCACGUCCAGAACUAUGUCCUCACCCUCAUGAACAUAGUGGAUGAAAUUUAUCACGACGAGUCCCUGGGCGUGCACAUCAACAUCGUGCUGGUCAGGAUGAUCAUGGUGGGAUACCGCCAGUCCGUGAGCCUGAUCGAGCGCGGCAAUCCGUCGCGGAGCCUGGAGCAGGUGUGCCGCUGGGCGCACUCGCAGCAGCGCUCCGACCCGCGGCACGCCGAGCACCACGACCACGCCGUCUUCCUCACCAGGCAAGAUUUUGGGCCCGCAGGUAUGCAAGGCUACGCUCCGGUGACGGGGAUGUGCCACCCUCUCCGCAGCUGCACCCUCAACCACGAGGAUGGCUUCUCCUCGGCCUUCGUCGUGGCCCAUGAGACCGGGCACGUGUUGGGCAUGGAGCACGACGGCCAGGGCAACCGCUGCGCCGAUGAGACCAGCAUGGGGAGCAUCAUGGCGCCGCUGGUGCAAGCCGCCUUCCACCGCUACCACUGGUCCCGCUGCAGCAAGCAGGAGCUCAACCGCUACAUCCACUCCUACGACUGCCUUCUGGAUGACCCCUUUGAGCACCAGUGGCCCACAUUACCUGAGCUGCCGGGAAUUAAUUAUUCCAUGGACGAGCAGUGCCGCUUCGACUUCGGCGUGGGCUACAAGACGUGCACGGCGUUCCGCACCUUCGACCCCUGCAAGCAGCUGUGGUGCAGCCACCCAGACAACCCCUACUUCUGCAAGACCAAGAAGGGGCCGCCCUUGGAUGGCACCGAGUGCUCUCCUGGCAAGUGGUGCUUCAAGGGUCACUGCAUCUGGAAGACGUCGGAGCAGCCUUACAGCCAGGAUGGCAGCUGGAGCUCCUGGUCCAAGUUCGGCUCGUGCUCCAGGACCUGCGGGGGAGGCGUGCGAUCCCGCAGCCGGAGCUGCGACAACCCACCCCCAGCAUACGGAGGGCGGCAGUGCCCGGGAGCCACCUACGAGUACCAGGUGUGCAACGCCGAGGAGUGCCCGGGGCCCUACCAGGACUUCCGUGCCCAGCAGUGCUCCAAGCGCAACUCCUACUACACCCACCAGAACAGCAAACAUUCCUGGCUGCCCUACGAGCAUCAUGACGAUGCUCAGAAGUGUGAGCUGAUCUGCCAGUCUGAGGGCACGGGAGACGUGGUGUUCAUGAACCAGGUUGUUCACGACGGGACCCGCUGCAGCUACCGAGACCCCUACAGCGUCUGCGUCCGGGGCGAGUGCCUGCACGUCGGCUGUGACAAGGAGGUUGGCUCCCUGAAGCAGGAUGACAAGUGUGGGGUCUGCGGGGGGGACAAUUCCCACUGCCGGACGGUGAAGGGCACGUUGGCCAAGACCCCCAAGCAGCCAGGUGAGAGGGCUGGGUGGGUUUGGAAGCAGAUUCAUGAGCUGGAUUCAUGUGUCAGUUGGAGGAAACCUGUUCUUUCUCUUCCCUUCAUCCUUCUUCCCUCCCUUUCAGGUGUUUUGAAGAUGUUUGAGAUCCCAGCUGGAGCAAGGCACCUUCAGAUAGAAGAGAUGGAGCCAGCAUCCCACAGCAUCGCUGUUAAGAAUCAAGCCACGGGGAACUUCAUCCUGAAUGCCAAGGGCCAAGAAGCCAAAAGCCAAGUGUUCAUUGAGAUGGGCUUGGAGUGGGAAUACACUGUGGAACAAGGCAAGGAGAGCCUGAAAACCAGCGGUCCCCUGCACGAGGCCAUCAGUGUUUUGGUCGUCCCUCAGGAGGAGGAGGUGAGGAGCAGCCUCAUGUACAGGUACAUCAUCCACGAAGACCUGCUGCCCAUGAUUGGCAAUAACAAUGUCCUGCUGGAGGAGAUGGAUUCCUACGAGUGGGCCCUCAAGAGCUGGUCCCAGUGCUCCAAGGCAUGUGGAGGAGGCAUCCAGUACACCAAGUACGGCUGCCGUCGGAAAAGUGACAACCGGAUGGUGCAUAGGAACUUCUGUGACAACGGCAAGAAGCCCAAGCCAAUCCGGAGGCGCUGUAACCUCCAGGAGUGCUCCCAGCCCAUGUGGGUGGCCGAGGAGUGGGGCGCCUGCAGCCGCUCCUGCGGGAAGCUGGGGGUGCAGGCGCGGGCGGUGCAGUGCGUGCAGCGCCUGCAGGACGGCACCAACCGCACCCUGCACAGCAAAUACUGCCCUGGGCAGCGCCCCGAGACGCGCCGGCCCUGCGGCCGCCUGCCCUGCCCCGCACAGUGGAGGACAGGAGCCUGGUCCGAGUGCUCGGUGACCUGCGGGGAAGGCGUCCAGCAGCGGCAGGUGGUGUGCAAGGGCAGUGACAGCGGCGCGCGCUGCGAGGGUGACAAGCCAGAGGCCAUCCAGGGCUGCCACGUGGCCGUGUGCCCGGGGAAGCUCUCUGGCAUCACCACCAGUGCCGGUGCCGGUGACCACGGCACCACCAAAGGGCAGCGGGUGCCCCAGGACGGAGCCAAAAACCCCGUGAGCAAGAUCUCCUCCAGGGAGCCUUGCCUCGGGGACAAGUCCAUCUUCUGCCAGAUGGAGGUCCUGGCUCGCUACUGCUCCAUCCCUGGAUACAACAAGCUCUGCUGCGAAUCCUGUGGGAAGAAAGCCUCCUCCUCCUCCUCCACUGGCUCACCCCCUGUCACCAGCAUUCCCCCGGGAGCCACCACUCCCAGCCCUGCUCUGGCGCUCAUCCCCUUCCCCACUGCCCCAGCUCGGGGGGAGCCUGCUGGGGACCCCACUGUGGCACCGGGGGUAUCCAGCAGUGGUGCUUUUCCAGGGGAGCUGCCAGCCCCAAGGGAGCCAGGAAGGGGCCAGGGGGCCAGGUAACCUUCUUGGGACAGCUCGCUGUGGGGCUGGGAAAGCCUUUCUCCCUCUUCCCUCCCGUUCUCUCCAUCUUUUUCCUCUCCCCCAACUUCCAGUGAUGGUUUUCGUGGGUGGCACUGCCGGGUUUGGGAAUGACCUGGCUCCACACCCAGAAAUUCCUGGGCAAACCACUCAUUUCCCAUGGUCCUGCUUGCCCUCCCAGCUGUGCCGUGGUGCUUUUUGGCAGUGCUGUGGGAAGAAAGGUGGAAAAGAGCAAAAAAAGCUGCGGGUAGACAGGCUGCUUCCUCCCAAGGUGCUAAAAAGAUGUGGGAGGGGGAUGGCUUUAAUGUUGCAUUUUCCUUCCCCCUGCUCCAAGCAGCAGCACAGGAUGGGUCCUGGCUUGGUGGUUCAGCCCUGGAGCUUGGGAAUAGCAAUGGGAGGAUCCUGGGAAUCUGCUGGGGUAAACUGGAGGGGAGGUGGUGAGGUGAGGAGAGGGGAAAUGUGGGGAAAUCCCAAACUGCUGCUUUGAGCUGUCCUUGGUGGGGUAGAGAGUUUGGGAAACAUGUCUGGGGGAAGGUGGAACGUGACGAGCAGAGAGUCCUGGAGGCAGGAGAUGGUCCAGGAGAUUCCAAAGUGAGCAAUAAGAACCGCAGGUCAAAGACCAAAAAUUCAUGUCAAAAAUGCCUGUCACCUGGGGGUGACUUUUUUUCUGCCAGUACUGCCCUUGGCCAGCCUUGAGCUGAUACCAGGAUCACCAGCCUCAUCCCUGCACCAUGGACCCAGUGCCUCUGGGGCAGCAACAGCUUCCAGGGGACAUGGGCGUGACUGGGAAGCCAGGAGUGGAUUUUAGGGCAGUUACAAGGAGAGGAGAGAGACAAGGAUUCAUCUGCAUCUCUCAUUGCUUGGGAAGGGGUGGAAGGGGGGUGAUUAGUGCCGUUACAAAUUAUUGUGCCAAGUACUAAACGUUUGCACAGCACUUUAGGAGCCUUGGGCUGCCCUCUCCUUGCUGGGUCCUGGGCCAGCUCUGGGCACAGGGUUUGCCUUGACAAGUUUCUGUCCUCAAAAACCUCCCAAAAAUGGUGUCCCUGAGGGGGCUUCCAUGGUUUUGGUGCUUAGGGCGCCUCUGGUACAGUGGCAGGGGAAGGUGGGGAGGAAGUUUUGGAAACGGGGAGGUGAAGUCCCAGGAAGGCAAGGCUUGGCAGACAGACGAGUUUGGCAUUGCAGAGUGGGAUGUCCUUGGGAGCACGUGCAUGGUGUGGGUGCUGGCCCUGAGGCUCCCGCUCCCCUGGUAUCCAAGGAGCAGGAUGUGGCAUCCCUAGGGACAGUGUUUGAGCUCUGCAGGUAGCCAGGGCUUGUGGUGAGGUGGCCAGGGUGAUUUUCCCAGUCUGGCAUGGCUUGUGACAGGGUUGAGGUGCUUGCUGUGACUGAAAUGGAUGGAGACCCCUCUGCAUUCUGGAUGUUUUAAGCAUUGGGCUCUGCACUGCUCCCCCAGAGCUUCCCCACACCCUCCUGCUGCCGAGUCACAGCUGGAUGAGCAUUUUUCCAGCUCCUCUUAAAGCACCUGGGGCUGGAGGUCCUCAGCCUCCCUUUGGCCUUAGGUGGGCAUCCCAAAACAUGGAACAAAGCCCCCCAUCUGUCUGAGCCACACAGCUGGCACACCUCGUGGGAGUGGGCACAUGGAGGGUGCCUGUGGAGUGCCCAGCCCCAGGACAGGCAGGUAUUGGCACCCACAGGGGAUCCUGUGGGGACACCAGGGUGGGGUUCAUCCCUCCACCCUGCCGUGCCCCUUGCCAGCCCCUCCACAGGAGUGCCAGCAUUUAUUUAUUGUGCCAAAGAGAACGCUUUGUUUGCUCUCCAAGGAGCAUAACAAAAAGACCUUCUUUCCCCUCAAAAACGGGCUGUGAUGUCCUUCCUCCAGAAUUCCCAGCUGCUCCCCUCCCUUCUGUGCUGGCCUAGGUUUGGUGCUUUAUUGCUCAAGGAAUAUUUGCAGUGGUUCCUCCCUACACCUCGGGGCAGAGCUGGGGCUGGGCACUGCCCCAGCCUUGCACCCACAGUCCCUGGGCUGCACUGCAGGUGCUGAUCCUGACCUCAGGACCACCUGAGGGGUGGGGGAGGUCUGAAGCAGGCUGUGAUAACCUCCCCCAGGAGCACUGGGAGCUCUGGGGUGCUGCUGCUGCAGGGCUGGCACCCAGCACUGCGUGUUUCGUGGAUUCCUGGAGUGCUUUGGGUUGGGAGGAGCUGUAAAGUCCAUCUAGCUCCAGCCCUCCUGCCGUGGGCAGGGACACCUUCCACUAGACCAGGCUGCUCCAUCCUGGCCUUGGACACUUCCAGGGGUGGGGAAUUUAUUGCAGUUGAAGGCAGGCUGAGCUUGGGUGGCUUUGUCCUGUCUCUGGUCCUGUCUCCAGGAGGAGAGGAUGACUCUGAUCCCCUGCACCCUCCUAAGCCAGGUGGGUGCAUGGAGUCAUUCCUGUGCUGUAACCUUGUCCAGUGUUACCAUGAUGUAUAAAGUUUUGUACAUAUGAGAUUCAGAGCUUUUUAACUUUUAAUAUUUAUUAAUUUUGUUGGGUUCUUUUUUUUUUUUUUUUGAACUCUAACAUAAUGUAAAAAAAGUAAAAUAAAUCCACAUAAAAAUC